AUGUCACUAACUCGUUUAUUAAUAAAAUAUGAAACUGCCGAACACGUUUAUGCAGUCGAAGCCUCUCGUGAAGCUUAUUGCUUUGCAAAAAAUCUUCGAGGACGUUUACCUGAUGAAGAAAAACGAAAAAUUUUCUUGUAUGGUUGCUACUCGAAAAACAUAGAUUGGCAUGCGCAAAAUCCUCGACCGAAUGCAAUAAUUCAUGAAAUAAUUGGUUGUAUAUCAUCAAAUGAAGAAUGCAUCAAAGUCAUGCAUGACACUAUCGAAAAUCUGAAUGGAGAAGUUUAUUCAUGUAUUCCUUAUAAAAUAGGAACAUUAUGUAUGCCAGUAUCACGUCCGAAAAUAUCUAUCAUUUCGUCUUGGUGCUUAUGUCUAUUAUCUUCCUCAAUGAAAGUAAUUAAAAACAUUGGCAUACAAGGAAUGGUUAAUCCACCUAAAGAUGCUUUUCUCUGUGAAACACCACAAUUUAUUGAAGAAUUCAUAUUACAAGAUUAUGUCAGAAAACCAUUAGAAAGUCAUAGAUUAUUCAGAACAAAAUUUAUUGUAGAAAAACGUGCGGCGAAAUGGACUGGAUUUCAUUUAGCACCAAAUGUUCUAAUUUCCAAAGACAACAGAAAAGGAGUCGCUGAAAUCGACGGGUUGAAACGAAUGACUGAUCGGCCAGUUCGUUAUGUUCAAAUGUAUGAUCAUCUAAAAGCCAUAGACCUAAAGCAAGGUGAUGAAAUACACGUUGUAUUUGAAUCAGAGCUAAUUAAUGAGUGUCCGACAUACAGAUUAGAAGCAUGGAUGAAUAAUAAAUAUCUACUACGUUCAUCUUUCGCUUGGAUAGGACCAGCACUUUAUUAG